CUUAUGUUCUGUGACUGUUAUCAAUACCAUGGCGGAAGCCAAUCAGGCCAUUGCACGAAAUUCACUACUAGGAGGGAGCUAAUGCUUGGUAGUGCGGAUUGUUAACGACAACCAACCUGGAACCCUGUUUUUCUUUUUUUUUUGUCUUCCUGCUUUCUUUUGUACUUUGAAUGGGGUGCUUGCUUCGAAAGACUUCAAGAUGCACCGUCGGGAUGUCUUUGGGCAGGAGCAUUUAAUCCUCCAUCACCACCACGCCAAUGGCCACGGCGAUCACCAUGAACAUGAACAUGAACAUGAACAUCAUCUCCACCUCCAACUCACCCACGUCACCGGCGCAAUCCCCUUCCUCAACCCGACGCACGCCGCGUACCGAGCCACCACCUCUUCAUCUUCAUCUUCAUCCUCAUCUUCAUCCGCAACCAGCCCAACCCACCCCCAAAUCCACCGCCUCUGGCGCGCCCGCGACACGCGCAAAGGCCGCCACGCCCUCCGCAUCACCACCAGUGCCCCUACCCCGAGCCAUAGCCCCAAGCCCCGACACCACCUUCCCGGGCUAACACCAGCAAACCCCACCACGCACCCGCGCAUCAUCCUCCGCACCCUCAAAGCAAUGCUCACCACGUGCCCCUACUGGGACCUCUCGUACCUCGUCGCCGUCACCUUCACGCUCGGCUCCGCUAUCUGGAUCGUCAACGCGUUCUUCGUGUGGUUGCCGCUGCAGGAUCCCGGCUCGGCAUUUCCGGGGGAGGAGGGCGUCGGCGGUGGGUGGACGGCGUUCGUGGGGGCCGUCGUGUUUGAGGUCGGGAGUUGGGGGUUGGUGGUUGAGGCUUUGGUUUCGGGGACGGGGACGGGGACGGGGACGGGGACGGGGACGGGGACGGGGACGGGGACGGGGACGGGGACGGGUCGUCCUGCGGAUCAGGACA